AUGAGCUCAGGAGCUUCUCAGCCAUCCAUCCACGCCUCUGCCCGACCGGGCCGCCAGGAUCGGCGCGCACGCAACGACGAUCCAGAUGUCGUUCUGUCCAAGAGCAUGUCGUAUGUCCUACGGCAUGGCGCUGAAAAGGACGGCGUUCCCAUCCGCAAGGACGGCUUUGUCCGAAUCGAGGAUCUGCUCCGGCACAAGCGGCUGCGAGGGACCACUUUCGAAAAGAUCCAACAGAUUGUCGAGGCCAACGAUAAACAGCGAUUCACUCUGAAGCUCGAGGAGUCUGCUGGAGGCUCGGAGUGGCUCAUCAAAGCAAAUCAGGGGCACUCGCUGCAAAGUAUCCAGGUCGAUCUCGUCGAGCUGACACCCGAUCAGCUUCCGGUGUGCAUUCACGGAACAUAUCGCAACGCCUGGGGUAGCAUCGUGAGUUCCGGCGGGCUCUCAAAAAUGGGCCGCAACCACAUCCACUUUGCAGUAGGAAAGUACGGCGAGCCGGGGGUCAUCAGCGGCAUGAGGGCGAGCUGCGACGUGUUCAUCUACAUCGAUGUUCCGAAGGCAGUGGCAGCCGGCGUUCGCUUUCUGCAGGCACCCAAUGGCGUUGUGCUGAGCGACGGAAUCAACGGCCGCAUCCCCACCGACUUUUUCUUGACUGUACAGGACCGGAGCGGCACGACACUUGAGUUUUGAAAGGAAGACUUGCCCCAGCGAGAGAAGCAUUAGAAGUACCUGGGAUUUUACAGCGUUCCCGAAACGAAAUGGGACACCCCGUCUUGAGCCAGAGCAGCUGUUUUGCUCUGGAACCUGAAAACACCCAUCGUUCCCGUGGCCAAACAGUGUUUUCACAGUGCCGGCAAGCCAAGUGACUCGAGAAGGCCGAGUAUCUUGAUAUUGAGCAACCAUGGAACUGCCCAGAGGGUCGAGUGAAUGCACCACACAUUGAGACUGCCAACCAGGACGGGAAACAAUCUCAUGGCUUGCUCACUGGAGCCUACAGUAGGCCAGCAGGCUUCAGACAUCUGAAACCAGAAAGGGGAACUGCCCCGUUUCUUCUGGAUCUACUGUUUUGGCGAAAUACAUGGUUGGCUCGACCCGGCAAGGCAUGGUCGAUGCCACAGACCUGUUCCAAUCACACAUA